AGGAACUCUAUGAGGAGAUAUUAUCCCUAUUUUACAAGUAGGAAACAGGCUCAAAGCAGAUUUAUGAUCUGUAAUUAUGCCUGUUAACAAAUCACCUGCAAUGAAUAACUUUGGAGUAAUAUCUUCUCCCUGUCAUGAGGAACUCUUGAAAUUUAAUUUUAAAAACUCAAGUAAAAAUAAGAGUCAUACAUCAAGGUCAUUAUUAUUAACUAGAGAAAAGUUCAUCGUGAAAUUCAACCAAACACAGAAUCCAGUAGAGAAGAAAGAACUGUUGGAACAAGCGAGAAGAAACAUUCUCAGAUGUAAGAGAAAACUGGGCCUCAGUUCCUUGGGCUGUGGGAAGCACGUGCAUCUCCCUUUUGCAUGGACUGAAGUAAUGUAUCUGGCACAAUGCAAAGGAGAAAUCCAAGACGAUGCUUUAAAUAUGCUUUACACUUCCUUGGACCAUGCUCCCUUAGAUUAUGAUCAUCUGCCUGCCUUAUUUUUUGUUGCGGAAUCAGUUUUAUAUAGACUGUGUUGUGAUGCAUUCCUGAAGGAGUUUUUAUAUUCUGUUGAGAUAAAGCUGACAAAGAUUGGCUUUUUGAUCUUCUUACGUCUUUUUAUAUUUUUCCUGCAUGGUCAACUAGCAAAUUUUAAAGAACAUUUGCUUAGACUUCAACCGUAUUCAUACGCACUUUUAUCCUCUGGAGAGUCGUAUCAUAAGUAUCCAAACAUCUUUUCAAAUGUCCAGUUCAUGCUGAAAACGUUAGAAAUUAUAUAUGAAAGAGAACUCCUUUCUGAGCCAGCUUUUAGCACUGUGGAAAAUAAGGAAGGAUUUGAGGACAAAGAGUCUGAUAUGGCAUACUUGCGCAGUAAUCAUGGAGGAUAUGAAGUUAAUGCCCUGCUCUGGCAUUGUGUUGCUGCUUGGUUUUGUGUUCAGAGUAAUAGUCCUCAGCUGAGUCAUGUGCUUGAGCAUCUCAUCUUGCAUAAGAUGCAGCUUCAGAAAAAAUGCUGGUUGGACUUAGUACUGGCCUUGCUGGUCCUUGGAGAAGCUGCCAAAUUAAAUAUGGCCUGCUUGAAAACUUUCAUGGACCUAAUGCGAGAUUUUCUUUUAAGCAUUCUGUCCGUUGAGAAACAGGAGGAAGGGUGCACAGGAGAUGACCUCUCCUGGGCCUGGUGUGUUGUUCAUACAUAUACAACCAUCAUUGCAGAGAUCUGUUUGUAUGCAGGCACAUUUGAUUUGCAGAAAACUGCUUUUAUUGGUCUCUCUGGCUGUAAACGUCCACGAAAAAAAAUUUUACUCAAUGACAAAUUGGAAGAGCCAGAAUUAGAGGAAACAAGUAUUUUAAGUCUUUUGGAAUUCUUCUCUUCAAAAAUAUCAGAUAAUUGUGAUCAAAUGGUCUGGAUUGGAUACUAUAGCAUAGUGUAUAACCUGGUGAAAAUGUCCUGGGAACGUCAGGGCGAUUUGGAGCAGGAUGGACUUGGAAACGUGAUUUGGCAAACGUUACAAAAAACAAAGGAUUAUGAGAAAGAUACACGUAUCCUAAAUGCAAUAAAUAUUGCCCAGGCUGAGUUAAAUGACCGAACUGAUCCUUUCACGAGAUACAGUACAAAAAUUCCAUCAAAUGCAAGGGAAGAGGUUUUCUCUAAAUACAUUGGGUGGAGAGUUGCCAACACACUUUCCAAACUAUUAUUUCCACCUCUUGAUGUCCAUGUGAUUCCUUUGAAGAAACCAGAGGUGAAACAGAAUCAAAUGAAAUAUCUAAAUAAAAAACAGGAGUCCAUGAAGAAGAGAGUUCUACAUUUUACUGUAAGGGAACAUCCUUCUCUCUCAGAACUUCCCACGUUUCCAUAUCCAGAUUUCUUCACCAAAGCUGAUAAAGAACUGGCUAAAAUUAUUGACCACCAUUGGCAGAAAGAGCUGGAGAUCCGAGAAAGAGAAGAUGAGAUAUGUGAAGCCAAAGAACAGAAAGACAAAGAGUUAGAGGAGAUAAAACACUUCCAAGAAGUUAUGAAGCAAAGAGAACAGAAAUUGCACAAGCUGACCAAACCCUAUGAGCUUCCUCCAAGGGAGGAGGUAAUUUCAAUCGAAAAGACAAUGACUCACAAAAAUAAUUGAGGACUACAAGCCAGAAACUGCUAGCAUGGAAAAGAUCAAGAUAGCUACCUAUAGGUUAGGAAAUCAUUCUUGUAAUUAAUUUGAGGCUUUUUCUGUUUGGAAAGGAGUUGUUAUCCUGGUGCAAGCUGUCUAAUAGUUCUUGUUUAAUCUUACAUUAAUAGUUAACUCCAAAUCCAAUUGGAAUUCACCAGUUAUAAAUUUCCAAGACUACAGCUCAUGCUUUUCUCAAUUGAUUCUUCUCCUCUGAAGAAUCUUGAUCAUCAUUCUCAGAGUGUUGAUUUUCAGU